AUGCAGUCACCAAAUUGGAGCUUAUCUUUUGAGAUCAUGUGUGACGCAAAGUUGCUUGCUGUAGUAUUUGCUCUCGACAAGUUCCGUGCAUAUUUGAUUGGUUCACUUAUCACCAUCUUCACAGAUCAUGUUGCCCUUAAGUACCUUCUCUCCAAAAAGGAUGCUAAGGCGCGUUUAAUUAGGUGGAUCCUUCUCCUGCAGAAAUUUGACUUGACAAUCAAGGACAAGAAGGGAGUCAAAAAUGUGGUGGCGGACCACUUAUCUCGUCUUGAAUUUAAUGAUUCCGCCGCAAUUCCUGCUAUUGGAGAUGACUUCCCCGAUGAACAUCUCUUCGCUGUCACUAAGAUGCCAUGGUAUGCGAACAUUGUUAACUAUUCGGUGACAGGCAAGAUUCCAUCUACCUGGGGUGCACAAGACAAGAGGAAGUUUCUGGUCGAGCUAAAGAUUAAUCUCCUACCCGUAGCUGGUAGUCAAGGACUUGACGAUACGUUUAAAGUGUGGAGGCAUCUGGGAGAGAAAGUCGCAUUCUUCCUUGGUCGCGUCAGUGUCCACAAGCUCUGCACUCCUAACCUUGGAACAGGAUCAAUGGAUUCUGCAGCUCGGCAUAGAGCUGGUAGCAAACUGCUCAACAAUUUGACCAUCAAAGUUACAGGGGAGUCUUCUUCGUCCCUGAAGAUCCAGUCUUUGCUUUCUUCAGAUCCCUCUCCUUUAGAUCCCGAGGCCUCUUGA